CCUACAGCGAUCAAACAAACAAGUCCAACUACACCAGAUAAACAAACAAGUACUCCUACAUCCAUCAAACAAACAAGUCCAACUACAUCAGAUAAACAAAGAAGUAAUCCUACAGCGAUCAAACAAACAAGUCCAACUACACCAGAUAAACAAACAGGUACUCCUACAUCCAUCAAACAAAAGAGUCCAACUACAUCAGAUAAACAAACAAGUUCUGCCAUGCAAGCAAGUUCAACAACAUCAGCUAAACAAACAAAUUCAACUAGAGCAACUCAACAAAAAUCAAGUCAGUCGACAACUUACCAACAGAGAGUGAGUCUAACUACAGAAUAUCGUAAGUUAGCUACCCAUCCAAUGGCAAGAGGAACGUCUCCUCCACCUCAGAAAGAUUCUAGCUCUCAAGGAAUUCCUAUAUACAUUAUUGCUGCGGCAAGCGUUGGUGCACUAGUUUUGAUCGUAGUGAUCGUCAUCAUUAUUGUUUGCUGCAAACGAAAACCAACUCGCAAAAGAGAAUUGAAGUCAGACCUUCAAACAACUAAACACAUUUACGCAAACAGCAAUACUGCAGAAACAAAGUUUGGCGUAGAUGUGAACGUCGACUGUACCCCAUCCGAUUCAAUGACAUUUUCUCCCACCAAGCAAGGCCCCAAGGCAAACGACGUAUUAUCGACUCCUCUCGAAGAAGAAUCUGCUGAACAAUCCAAACUCUCGACUUUUCUUUCUAACGUCGCUGAAACGCAUCCAGCUACUCCGAGAGAACCGCUACACCCAGACAACAAGGCAGCUGCAGCCACUGACGAUGAUAGAAAAUCAGUAAACCAGGAUUUGCCUCAAAUCAAAGAGACAAGUAUUUAAACAACUUCUACAGUAAACCCAGGGGAGCAUUACGCUGUAACAAUUUGUUCAGGUCAGUAGGAUGGUCACAGAAGGGGGGGGCGCAUUUGCCGACAACGUCUACGUGGUUUGGUUAGCUGUAUGUCAAUUAAAUGUAAUCACUCACUGUGCUAAUUUUUCUUGAGGAUUCAUCACUUUGGAAACAUGGUUGAAAUUGCGUUUUUAUACUUGGUUCACAUAAUUUGCUGUUUGCAGAAUUUUAUUUGAAAUUGCGCGGGCAUUAUCUAAUAAUACGUAUCUGUAUUCAUAAUUGUAUAUGUAAGACUUAAAGUUAGCAAGAAACAUUAGU